AUGGACGGCUUGCUCAUCGAUUCCGAGCACAUCUAUACAGAAACAAUCAACGAGAUCGCCGCAGAACAUGGUCUCCCUCCAGUCCCUUGGGCCUUAAGAAUUAAAAUGCAGGGCCGCCCAGGUCCUGCUGCUGCUGCUGUGAUCUUACCAUGGCUUAUUUCCCAGCGCCAUGCUACAUCAGCUGACCAGCAAGACCUAGACCAAUUCCUCCUUCAGUUGACUACAGAGUUCCCUUACAUGGAAUCCCCUGAAUCUUUUUUUGCUGAAACUACUCGAAGACAACGUGCUAAAUGGCCAGGACGUACCCAGUUUUUACCUGGAGCAUUACCUCUGCUUGAACGUUUAAGUUCAAACGGAACCCCAAUAGCCCUUGCAACAUCUACCUCUAAACCCAACUUUAAACUUAAAACAGGCCACCUCCGAACCACCGAAUCUUCAAAACAAUUCGACCUUUUCCCCAAUCAUCUUGUCAUCACUGGUGAUGACCCUCGUAUCCCUCCAGGCCGCGGCAAACCCGCUCCGGAUAUUUGGCUUGUCGCCCUUGACUCUCUCAAUGCCGGUCGCCAGGACCCUAUUCGUCCAGAAGAGUGUCUUGUUUUUGAAGACGGACUCAUUGGUGUUACUGCAGCCAAAUCUGCUGGAAUGAACUUUGUGUGGGUCCCCCAGGACGAAGUUCGCAAGGCUCUUGGGUCCGAAACAAUAGAGGCACAACUGCUUCAUGAAGAAAACGCCCUUCUGAGUGGACAAGUCCUUGAAAGUUUAUCAGAUUUUGAUCCGGAAAAAUACAACCUUUAA